AUGUUGUGUAAAAUGGUAUCCAAGCUGACAUCCCUGCAGCAGGAACUCCUCAGCGCCUUGUUGGACUCCGGCGUGACCAAGGACGUUCUGAUCCAAGCGUUGGACGAUAUGGUGCCGAGCGCGGCGGGCUUUGGAGUAAAACUGGAGAACUUGCAGAUGUCUCCGCCGAGCGCGAAGAUGAACGGGGGCGAGCCGGACUCAAAGCCCGUGUUUCACAACCUGACGAACGGCCACAGCAAGGGCAAGCUGUCCGGGGACGAGGGCUCGGAGGACGGGGACGACUUCGACACGCCGCCCAUACUGAAGGAGCUGCAGUCGCUCAACACGGAGGAGGCGGCGGAGCAGAGAGCAGAAGUUGACCGUAUGUUAGCGGAGGACCCGUGGCGCGCCGCUCGCAUGAUCAAAGCGUACAUGCAGCAGCACAACAUCCCACAGAGGGAGGUGGUGGACAUAACGGGGCUCAACCAGUCUCACCUCUCCCAGCACCUCAACAAAGGCACACCCAUGAAAACCCAGAAGAGAGCCGCUCUCUACACCUGGUACGUCAGGAAGCAACGGGAAAUCCUCAGACAGUUCAACCAGGCAGUGCAAGGUUCUGGCAGCAAUAUGACAGACAAAGGCAGUCAGGAUCCGGUGUUUUUUUUCCCAGAGUUCAACCCAUCUGGUCAGGGCAUGGGGCAGCCUAGCGAUGAGGUUGGCACUGAACCCUCCUGCAAGAAAUUGAGACGUAACCGUUUCAAAUGGGGACCCGCAUCCCAACAAAUCCUCUACCAGGCCUAUGAAAGGCAGAAGAAUCCCAGUAAAGAGGAGAGGGAAGCAUUGGUGGAGGAGUGCAACAGAGCUGAGUGUCUCCAGAGAGGCGUGUCCCCAUCUAAAGCUCACGGCCUCGGCUCUAACCUGGUCACAGAGGUGCGAGUCUACAACUGGUUUGCGAACAGGCGUAAGGAGGAGGCUUUUAGGCAGAAGUUGGCAAUGGACGCCUAUAACACACCAACUCACAGCAUCAACCCUUUGCUGUCCCACAGCUCCCCGCACCACCCACAGAGCAGCGCAUCUCCUCCCAUGCGGUAUAGCCAGGGACCCGGUGAGGUCACCUCUUCCACAACGAUUAGUCACCAUGGCAGUAACGCCAUGGCCACCAGCCAGUCAGUGCUACAGCAGGUGUCUCCGGGUGGAUUGGACCCCAGCCACAGUCUCCUGUCACCUGACGCCAAGAUGAUUUCAGGUUCCGGUGGAGGACUUCCGCCUGUGAGCACACUGACCAACAUCCACAGUUCCCAUCACACACAUCAGCAGACACAGAACCUCAUAAUGCCUCUUUCAGGAGUCAUGGCUAUAGCACAGAGUUUGAACACGUCACAGUCCCAAACAGUGCCUGUGAUCAACAGCGUGGCGGGUAGUCUGGCAGCCCUGCAGCCAGUACAGUUCUCCCAGCAGCUCCACAGCCCCCACCAGCAGAGCCUCAUGCAGCAGUCUCCCAGCCACAUGAGCCAGCAGCCGUUCAUGGCCACCGUCUCGCACUCGCACAUGUACCCUCACAAACAGGAGCCCCCGCAAUACUCCCACCCGUCACGCUUCCCCUCAGCCAUGGUUGUCACAGACGCCAACAGCAUCAGCACCCUAAGCUCCAUGUCCUCGAGCAAGCCGGACGCUCCAGUAAACAAGAUGGUGCAACUCGGGAGUCUCUCCUGGUGUCCUCUUCAAGCGUGGUGAGAGUGCACACCUGACUUCCCCGGUGCUCGGCAACCAGAGCACAUUUUUCCAUCCUCUCGCCGCCGUAACCGUGACAACUCUUAAUAACCGGCAACCGCACGCUGUACGAUGAGUCGGUCAACAAAUGAAGAGGGUUGGCGAAAAACGAGAGGGAGAAAGAAACACGCGCGGCACAGACUUUCAGCACAAGACACCCGAAAGCGAGCAGACUGGAUUUACUUCAUCACACACAAAAUGAUCAACAAGGAUGGAUGAUUUCUUUCUUCUUCUUUUUUUUUUAUCUAGAACCCCAAUCUUUGAAAACAGUGUUCACUUUCCAUUCCUUUGGAAAAAAAAAAGUUCAUUCACUGAGAGACACUCGUCCCAUUCGUGAUAUACCUAAAGAACAAAACCAAAUUGAGCAGCAA